AAACCUUCACCUUCACCUUCACAUCUGAACAAGAAUUACAUUUUCAGAUCCGUGGAAUCAAAGCAGUCUUAGAAACCAACCAGCAGAAUCACCAGCUGUACCAGGUCAUGGAUCAACCCGGCUCACUUUCCAGCUACAGAAUUCCACAAAGACCAGUUGAUCACACCACACAGUACGACCACCAGCACAUCAUCAUGAUGAUGGAAUCUGACCCUGUGGUCAGAAAAGCUGCAACUUUUCUGUAUGAGAAGCAUCCAGAGGUGAGCUCUGUCUACAUUCUUGAUGAAAACCACAGACCAAAACUGAUCCGUGGGGCCUCUGUGCCUCUGUCAGAGGACAGCAGACUGGUGCUGGUCGGUCAUGGGGCGAAAGACAAUUCAGGAGAGACGAGAUUGUCUGGGUACGGAGCCCAAGAUGUGGCCAAAGUUAUUCAGAGGACCUCCAGAGUCAGUGAUACGAUCAAAACAACAAGUGUGGUGGCAUGUGAGGUCGGAUCCGAUAAAGUCUUCAUCCAGACCCUGCUGACAGAGCUUCGUAAGAGCAGCAUUGAGACAGAGCUGCACCUGAGGGAUGCUGUGAUCCAGGUCCAGCACACGGGACAGAAAAUUACUCUAGAAAUCUCUCCAGACGGACUGAAGUGGCGUCACAAAGACGACAGCACGAAGGUGGUGGCAAACCUUGAUAGAAACGGAGACGCAAUUAUUAGAAAUGAGCCUGGCAGCAAAGGAGAGGCAGUGUUUCCCAAUGAAAGGAACUUACUGAUGAACAAGCGUCAAUCAAAGUUGGUUUUGAGCUACAGAGACAAGUGGCCAAAUGAGCCGAGGAGAUUUAUUCCCAGAAUGAAGACUUUAAGACGUUCAGUGAUGGCUUAUUUAAAGUUGAGGCUCUAACUUGGGAUUAUUUCAUCCUGAUCAGCCCCUUCCAGAAAAGGUCAAUUUCCGAAACUUGCAACCGUUAAAGAGUUAUUUUUUAAUUGGGAAAAAUUCAGAGAUACUAAUAAUAAGGAGAAAAUGAGUUGGAUAAUGGACGAGCCAGAACUAAAGCGCAUUCUUUCCAAGUGUUAUGAGAUUAAAUCAGGCAACGAUGUAAGAAGCAUCAUCCGUCACUAUGCAAAGACGGGAGAAAAUGAGCUCACAUACCUGAUGAUCAAUGACUGGAUAUCAGAAAUUAAUCCUUUAAAUCUGUACGUUCAUCAAGUUGGAAAAAGCUUGACAACAAUCAAAUGGGAAAUAAAGACAAAAUUUAUCUAAAGAAAAUUGAGGACGAAAUUAAGGAAGUUAAGAGCUGUGUUAUGGAACAGAUCGGCAGAGAAAGUUACAGCCAAAUGAGACAUAAUAUAAACUCAAAGGGGACAUAUGUCAAUUAUGUGAAAGAUAUUUUGAAGGGAGAGCACACAACUGUCCUAAGUCUUUCCACUGAGGCCUGGUUCACCACAUACUUCACAGCCUCAGUUAUAUCUGAAUCUGCUAGAAAUUUCCGGACAUUUCCUCUGACUCUCAUGGCUCUGGAUAUGAUAAAUACAGAAAACCAUGCCGCUGGAGUGGAUUUCUUUUUUGAUGAACACCCAAUGGCAACAGGAGGCAGUUGGAUUGACCCAAGCAGUCGUGGAUUCAGUGGCUCAGCAACAGCGAGUUCACAGGGAGUAAAAA